AUGUUGUCGUGGAGCGGCCCGAAGAUCAUGAGUGGACUAUCGGUUGGCGCUUCAUCUGUAGGAAGUGGUGAUCACUGUCAGAGUCUUAGUGGCAGUUCAUCGCCGGCGCAAACAUCUCCGACCGCUAAUUACAACCAUAAGAUCUCAGGCAUACCAUGUGUUGCCGCGGCCUCAAGAUAUACGGCGCCCGUCCAUAUAGACGUCGGCGGAUCUAUCUAUACGUCUUCACUCGAAACACUUACAAAACAUCCCGAGAGUCGUUUGGCCCGAAUGUUCAACGGAUCCAUUCCUAUAGUGUUGGACAGUUUGAAACAGCAUUACUUCAUCGAUAGAGAUGGCAAAAUGUUUAGACAUAUAUUGAACUUUUUGCGCACAAAUUCAUUAAUUAUUGGAACAAAUGAGAAAAGAGAGAAACAAUGGAUCCAAUUGUUGUUGCAGUCGAAGCACAUCUCCAAAUAGCAAUGCAUUUCCUCAUAACUAUAGCACCAAAAAUAGGAUUACAAACAAAUAUAACAUCAAUAAUAAUGGACACAAUUGUCUUCAUAACUGUUCAUCUGAUGGAAGAAUGGUUUC